AUGCACUCGUCCUGGUUCCUCCUUUCUGCCCUAGUGGCUCUGGCCGCAGCUGACGAACCCGGCACAACAACCAUCAGCUAUUUCGGAGACAAUGAUUCCGGUGUCAAUAUCGGCGCCUACUCCAGCACCGCAGCGCGAGUUGUUGGCAUCGACAAGUACGCCACGACCUAUGAGAUCGCCUGCAUGGAAGGCGCAGCCAAGUGCGCAUUGAACCAUCCCGCAACCAUGAUUCAGGGCGAUACUACUUUCAGCAUCUCCCUCGAAGUAACUGUGGUUACCGGUGGCGGUACAGGCAAAGCAACCGCCGUUGAGUCAUGCAGUUUCACCCGCGUUUCUGAAUCUGCUGUCUGCACGUGGAGUCUUGCAUACACUGGCAUUAAGGAUGAUCUCACCGUCUCCGAAUCCAGCUCUAGUACUCAGACUAUCCCGUCCCAUUCGGUUACUUAUCACCCUCUUACCAUCACUGAUGGCGUCUACGCUUUCAAGGCUAAUGCGACGGCUUCGACUUCGCCGGUGAAGAUCACUCCUACUGCUUCUACUGGUGGUGCUGCGGCUGCGGCGAAGCCCUUAAUCACUGCUGCGCCGUUGGGUGCUGCUGCUGCUGUUGCUGCUUUUGCGGCUAUGCUCUAG